GUGAGGGGCAUCUUAACCCUGCUGAGGAGAGGAGAAUGUAGUAACUGUGGUGAAAGGCUAAAAUAGUGCAGAAGAGGUUUUGAAAAUGGCAAGCAGAGAGAACAAAGCAGCAGCAAGUGCUGGAGUAUGUACCUGCAGAGAAGGCAGAACAGGUAAAGUAACGACAGGAGGGAACUUGUGGAAGUUGCUUCGUUCAACAGGAAAACAUAUACUACUUCUAAGACAGGGAAGACAGGGAAGAGUACAGAAGGUAUUACGGGUUGUGGGUGUGUUUUGUUUUUUUUUUUUUUUUUGAGAGAAAAAGCAGGGUUUAUGCUGACAGAACCUGUGCUUUUGUUACAUUCUUGGCAAUACGUAUCCUUCUCUGUGGGGGGGCUGUGUGCAGAGCUCACAAGUCACUUUAAAAUGAGUCUGAGUAGGAGAAUUCGCAGACCUCUUGUCUGGACAAAGUGAUUCCAUCAAUAUUUGAACGUUCGAAUGGAGAUCAGGAGAUCCUGAUUUUUGAAUGGGCUCUGUUUCUACCAUAAUUAAAGUAAGCCAUAACCACUUAGCAAUAGGGACUAUGUUACUUCUUGGACAAAUUGGCUUUCUGAUGCUGUAGGAUAUUUUCUCAUGAAAUUAUUAAGAAAUCUAAACUAAAUUAACAUUACUUGUUGUAUUCAAAGUUAAUACAUUCCACUGUCUGAAGCAAAACAAAAAAUCAUGAUUAUGUGUAGUUAUAGCAGUCUUGUUUCUUUGCUAUGAAAAGUAGUUGUGAAGAAUUCCAUGCAUCUUCUCCAUCGGGCUAUACAUUUCCCCAUAAGCAGGACCCUCUAUGACGUUUGUAGAAUCGCAAGGUUGGAAGGUACCUACAAGAUCAUCUAAUCCAACUGUCCUCCUGUUACCAUUGCUACUACAAUGCUUACCUUGCUUUGGAUACAGUGAGGCUGGCUCUUCACUGGCAUCUCUUCACUUGUGUUCCAUCAGUGAGCAGGCAGUAGAUAUUUAACACAUCAGCAUGCUAAUGCAUUGCAUAUUAAUAGAGUAAUGAGAUCCAACUUUCAGAUUAAUACUGACUAUGCUUUUACUACAUUUGGGUAAAUAUUACCUCUUCCAUAGUCCUCUUUUUUUUUUUUUUCUUGUAAAAAAACAGUGUAUUUCUGUGGCAAGGGAUUCCUUUUAAUAUUCCUUAGUUUAUGUGAAAACUUGCACCUGAACCUAUGAAUUCAGGAACAAAUUUGCUAGUUAGCUACUGGAGCAAUGCUCUGCAGAAUGCAAACUGGAGAAAAAAAUUUUAUGAAGAAAAAUGCUUUGAUUUUUAAAUUGCUAAGAAAUACAACAAGGUUAUAAAUUACUACUCUAAGUGUAUGUUAUGUGUUUUGUAAGAUAGUCUAUGACAACUAAUCUAUGGAGCAUGCCAAUUUUUCUUCCUUGCAAUUCCUGACAAUACUGCUUAAGUGAUGAUCUAUCAGCUGUGAAGGACAAAACACACACACACUUUGGUAUGCAGGCCAGCAAUAGCAUAGGCAGCCUUUGGUAAAAACAAUUAAUGGAUUUCAUGAAAACUUUCUCCUUGAUGGCCACAUUGACUUAGUUGAUAAGCAGAUAGAAAUUUUGCAUUUUCUUUCAAUAUUCCUCAUUUUUUCUUAUAACACCCAUACAGUGGACAUAUUUUGUUACUAGUUUGAUGGCUGCUCAGCAUAACAAAAGUCCUUCCAAAAUGUGAAAGUUCUAGGUCUCCCUUUCUCUUAAGCAGCACAGACAACAAAUUGGAACUUGACAAGAUUGCUUGAACAAGUACCUCCAAGCUUUGAUUACUAAUCAGAUAAAGAUACUCUGAAAUUAUAUUUUGUGUAGUUAAAAUAAACAAGUGCUCUUGUCUCAAAGCCAUUCAAAAAAGUGCCUGAACUGACACGGCCCCAUUAAGUUUUGGAUCUGCUUACAUCAGUACUGAAUUUCACCAUUAUGUGUUUGGAGUGGUGAGGACUAUAAAAAAGUUAUUGUAUGAAAGGCUGUGUCAAUAUUGUAUUGCUACAGCUUGUAAAUUUGCAUUGAUUUGUCUUAUAAAAGAUGUUUAUAGCAGCAAUGAACACAAUCAGACCUAUGGCAUGUGUGGAGAUGUGUGGUUGGGGAAAAAAAAAAAGCCAUCUUGCUAAGAAUUGAUUUUUAGGAGAUGAUCCCAGACAGUGGUCUGAAAAUCAGAGCGAAAGGAGAUGAGAAGCCGUGACAGGCUGGGAGCAUCAGGAACACCGUAUCCUGUUAGUAGAUGUUGGUACCACUGGGAGAUUGUUGGAUGGAUUUUGCUAUCGCACUGAGCAGGUGAUUUGUCAUAGAAGAAAUGGGAGGUGUUUUUCAAAAGCAAACAUGUAUGUGUUGAAAAGUCCUGUAGUCAGAGUCCUGAGGGAAUACAAUGUGUAGAAUGAGGACUUGAGCUGAACCUUUUUUCUUGAUUGGCAGUGCUUUUUGGAGUCAGACUCGAGGAAACUGUUAGUUUUUGACAGUGCAGAUUGUUUGGACAUAGUUUUAUAGCAAGCUGGAAAUCCACCUGUUCAGGAAAGCAAAAUUAAAUAUAUUCAAAGAUAAAUGUUGUGCAAACAGAAGAAAACACUUGGAAUUGCUAAACUUAUCUUUCAUCUACAUGCUGGAUCUGUUUCAAAGCUUUUGAACUUUGAUUGUUAUCUCAAAUUGUUUAGAAUUCCAGCUCCCUGGCAUUCCCCAGCACUAACUGCAUGAAGAUACCUGUUUCAUCUGCAGAAGUGAAAUGCAACUCCAAGUUUUCCAGACCAUAGCAGACUACAUCCCAUUGCAUCCUACUGCACCUCUUGAAUUACAGCUUGUAACCAAGGAAACAAGCAGUAUUCCAUUUAUUAUAAAACCUGGUUUUCCUUCUGUACCCGACUGCACCCAGGCGUCCUCGGAGCCUCUGUUACUAUUACUUUCGUCCUGUUACUUUUGUGCAUCUUCUUGAAACUGUUUCCUUUGAUGGACUGAAACAUCUGUCUUGGUCUCUGUAACUACUUUUUGCUACAGCCAGAGACCGAAAUGGUACGAAUAGAGCGCUAAAAUCCCAUCAUUUCGACAACUCCAUCAUUUUCUGAGAACCUGGAACGUAAUUUGGGCUCUGCUUCAGCACUGUCUUAGAUUAUAAUGCCAUCCUUGCCUAAUGAGGGAGAUAACCAUGGAACUGCUGCUGUGACUUUGCAAUCGGAACUACCCUACCAAAGCACAAUUAAAAGAAAAGUCAGAAAGAAGAAGAAUGGAGUCAUCACUGCAAAUGUUGCUGGCACAAAAUAUGAAAUUGUACGCAUUGCAAUACAAGAAAUGGGAUUUGUGAAAACACGCGAUGAAGAUGAAACAGCUAAUCUUAUUUGGAGUGAUUCUGCUGUGCAACAGGAAAAGAUUGCUGAACUUCGGAACUAUCAGAGAAUCAACCAUUUUCCAGGAAUGGGAGAGAUCUGCAGAAAGGAUUUUCUGGCAAGAAACAUGACUAAAAUGAUCAAGUGCCAGCCUCAGGAGUAUACGUUUAUUCCUCGAACAUGGAUUUUCCCUGCAGAAUACACACAGUUUCAGAACUAUGUAAAAGAAUUGAAGAAGAAACGUAGACAGAAAACUUUUAUAGUAAAGCCAGCUAAUGGUGCAAUGGGACAUGGGAUCUCUUUAAUAAGAAAUGGAGAAAAGUUACAAGCUCAGGAUCACUUGAUUGUUCAGGAAUAUCUUGACAAACCAUUUCUUAUGGAAGGCUACAAGUUUGAUUUGCGUGUAUAUAUUCUUGUAACCUCCUGCGAUCCAUUAAAAGUAUUUUUGUAUCAUGAUGGACUGGUGAGAAUGGGCACAGAAAAGUAUCAUCCUCCCAGUGACUCAAAUUUGAGCCAACUGUACAUGCAUCUGACCAACUACUCUGUGAAUAAACAUAAUGAACACUUUGAACGGGAUGAAACAGAAGAUAAAGGAAGUAAACGCUCUAUCAAAUGGUUUACUGAGUUUCUUGAAACAAAUAAUCUUGAUGUCUCCAAAUUCUGGAAUGAUAUUUCAGAGUUAGUAGUGAAGACUCUCAUAGUUGCAGAGCCACACGUUCUUCAUGCUUAUCGCAUGUGCAGGCCAGGGCAAGCACCAGGCAGUGACAGCGUCUGCUUUGAAGUCCUGGGAUUUGAUAUUCUGCUGGACAGAAAACUAAAACCAUGGCUUCUAGAGAUUAACCGAGCCCCAAGCUUUGGAACUGACCAAAAAAUAGACUAUGAUGUAAAAAAGGGUGUUCUGCUAAAUGCAUUAAAGCUUCUCAACAUAAGAACAAGUGAUAAAAGGAGAAAUUUAGCCCAACAGAAAGCUGAAGCUCAAAAGAGACUGUAUGGUCAAGGCUCAAUGAAAAAACUGUUGCCAGGUUCUUCAGACUGGGAAAAGCAACGCCACUCACUGGAACGGAGAAAAGAAGAACUGAAGGAAAGACUUGCACAAGUACGCAAACAGAUUUCCAAAGAAGAGCAUGAAAAUAGGCACAUGGGGAACUACAGGCGAAUUUACCCUCCUGAUGAUAAAUCAUUACUUGAAAAGUAUGAGAGUUUGUUAGCCACUGCUUUCCAGACAUUUCUUGCUGGGAGAGCUGCUUCACUUCAGCGGGAAAUGAAUAACCCUUUAAAAAGAAUGAAGGAGGAGGACAUUUUGGAUCUUCUGGAGCAGUGUGAAAUAGAUGAUGAAAAACUAAUGGGAAAAUGCACCAGACAGCGAGGACCUAAGCCCUUGUGUUCUAUGCCAGAAAUUGCACAACCCUUAAGAAAAUUUAAGAACUACAGUAGUGAUAGCAGCUGUGAUAGUGGCAGCAGUAUGUCAGGGUCAGGAGAUGAAACUGAAAAGGAAGACCACAAUGAGAAAAAAGAGAAAAAAGUAUCAUAUGAUCUUGAAGAAAAUAAAUAUAAACCUUCAGAACGAUCAGGUAGAAUGAACUGGAAACCUUCGAUUAAAAAUACAAAAUCUCCAUCACAUUCAUCCUCAUCAUCAUCUACAGGUCCAAUAAGGCGUUCAGUAAGCUGCCCUCGUUCAAUAUCAAUAUUGUCUAUGCAGUCACAUGCAGCUGAGCAUCGUCCUGUCUCUGCCAAAGCACCUCUGCAAAUCCAGCGUGCAUCCUCAGUGAAUAGGUCUCGUUCUUUAAAUUGCAGCCCAUCUUCAUCCAGAGUCUGUCAGACAUCCAGCUUGGGAACUAUGAACUCUUCGGGGAGUGAGUCCUUACUGCAGCAGAAAACUAAAGAGCAAGAAGUCGCUUUGACAAAAGAGGCUCUACUCAUUUUCAAUGACAUGAGAAUGAAGUUCCCAGGAAAAACAGAUGAAGAAUCAGAAUUAAUUAUAGAAGAAAUAAUGGAUAAUUGGAAGUACCAUAAAACAAAAGUGGCAUCAUAUUGGUUAGUAAAACUGGAUUCUGUAAAGCAACGAAAAGUUUUGGAUAUAGUCAAGACAAGUGUUCGUGCGGUCCUCCAGCAUGUCUGGAAGGCUCCAGACAUUGAAAAUCUACAUCUGUACCGUCUCUUUAACCGUGUAUUUAAUCGUUUACUUUGGAGCCAUGGUCAAGGUCUGUGGAACUGUUUCUGUAAUUCAGGGAACUCUUGGGAAACCAUAUUCAGUAAAAGCACAGAGGUGGUGACUCCUGAGCAACUACAGUGUUGCCAACGAAUAGUGCAGCUUUGUAAGCACUGCCUGCUAGUGGUGUACAAAUAUUCAUCAGACUCAAGAGGAUCCCUGACUGGAAUUAGUCCUAGCUGGGAUGAUACAAGGUGUUUAUUGCCAGAACCACCACAGUUCAUCAUGAAAUCAUCCUCGUCCAACCUCAGCUGCAGUUCAUCUGGAAUGCCUCGCCCCAACAUUUUGUUCACACGCAGAUACAGUCACCUGUGAAGGAAAAGUUACUUUUCAUUGUAAAUAAUGGCACUCCAUUUUUAUUUUCAAAUUAAAUUUGUGAUGGAGCUAAAUACAACACUGUUAUAUAUAAUAUACCAUAUUAUGAUAACAUUUAGCUUGAAACUUACUGUAAAAGCAAAGCUUUUCUGGAAGCAUAAUAAACCUUGUUAAGUUGUUUACACACAUGAAUGUGUAGAUCUUGCUAGGUUUAUAAGUAAUUCCUUCCUACUAGAAAUGUUAUUUUUGCUGCAGAAUAUAUAAGAUGGAGUUGAAGAUCUUGAAGAUCCUAUUACAGUGUUACAUUAUUUUCUACAUACAAUACUUUUGAGUUGAAUAUUAUUUAUUGUAAAGUAUGCUAUUUAUUGUCUCAAAUGUAAGACAAGAGCCUUUAAAGAGACAGAUGAAUAAAAAAACUGUAGUAGAACAAAUAAGACUGUAAUUAUUAUUAAAAAUAACCUUACCAUUUCUUGGAUAUGUUUAAAAUAAUCCCCAAAACUCUGUAAGCCAAACAUUUCUCCUCUGAAAUUACAGGCUCUGCUUAAAGCUGUUGCGCUUCUUAAAGGACAUGUCAUAGUAUCUUUUAGAAAAAGUGAAGAAAUUCUGUAUGCAAACAGCAAAAAUACCAGUUCAGGCAUUCACUUUCUAAUUGGAUUUUUGUAAUAAUACAGAAGCCAAUAUUUGUUGUCAGGCUUUCAUUCACAUUAACUGUGGCCUGUGCCUUUGGGAGCAAGCAGUCACCUACAACUUGUACAAGCAUGCAUAGUGAGUAUUUUUUCUGUUUUACUGCACAAGUGGUGAAACAGACAUUUUUAGGAAAUACUGCAGCUAUAAUAUAUUAUUUCAAUCUUACACUAAUUGGUUUGCUGUAGCUUUUAACAUACAAUUCAGUACAUACUGCAGAAUGUAUCAUUUAACUAGACAGUAUUUUCUAGACUUGUGGCACCUUUAAAUGUUGAAAUAUAAUUCAUUGGAAAGCUCUCAUUCAGAUUCAGCUUCCUGUGCCUGGCUGAAGAGCACUGAAAGAAACUGAGCCAGAGCAUGGAUGUAGAAUUAACAGGGCAUGUAACCUGAAAACAUCAUUCAGGUUUGCUAUGUAGACACAUUCAUCUCAUUCAGCACUGUGCCAUAUAAGCCUUAUUAAUUAUAUAAAUAGUUAUUUAAAAUGAAUUAACCUAGAUUUAAAAAUGAAUUAAGUUUUUAAACUAAGUAAAGGACAAAGUAGUAGAUAUUUACCAAAGAUGUGCUUACUUUCCAACAAUAAAAACUGCAAAUGUGUUUGUCAAUUACUAGUGAAUUUUAUGUAGGUUGCUCUGAAAGUAAUGCCUCCUGUUUAUUUCCAUGGAAACAGCAACAAAGACAAAGAGCACAAUAAUGCUACUGAUAGAGCAAAUUUUCAGCUACAAAAGAUUGUUUUUCAAUGUCGUCACCACCAUUAGGUAUUCAUUUUCACUGGUGAUAAACACGAGCCUGCAUGUCGCACUCACAGAAGUCUGCAUGACUGUCCAGAACAUGGCUUGUCUUUCAUGUUGCUGUCACCACUGCUGAAACACACCACUCACUGCCUUGCUGUUCUCACAUCCACUGUCUGGCAUCCAUAAAUGCUCACCAAGUGUUGAUGAAUAUCACUGGGAACCAAUUCAGUGAUGCACCUUUGCUUCAUCUGCACUUCCAUGUCAGAUGCAAUUCUGUCAGAUAGCAAAAAAAUGUAACAGGAUACCUACUGGGAAGGUUCAGCCUCUACUGCAUCCCACCAUCACUCAACUCUGAUAUCGCGGCCAACAUCAUAAAAAAGGAGGCAUUACAUUUGGUGCAGCCCUCAUAAGUAUACACUAAAAAAUAAUUUUGGGGGGAAGUUGUCCUCAGGAGCAAGCAUAUUAGAGCACUAUCUAGACUAUCUAGACUAUCUAGACUAUCUAGAGAUUUAAGAGACUUAAGAGAUUUGAGACUUGAACUUGUUUGGAACUUAAUGUUUUAAGCCUUAGCUAUAGCAUGUAUAUCAAGUUGGGAAUUUUGGUAAGACUUUUGAAGCCUCUGUUGUUGUCCAUCAGUUCUAGAAUUGCAGGAUACAACACAGCAAAAAUAUUUGUAAACAAUUAACAAACCUCUGAGAUAAGCCAGAUAUAAGUAGUCUUCUGGUCUGGUAAAGAUUUUUCAUUUUCAUGGUAAUACUAGUUCAGUAAUAUAGCAUAUUCACAAUAAUUGUAUAUCUUUUUAGAUCCAUACAGUGACUACUGAUAAAGCGUACUGUGGUUAUCUGUAACACACAAUAAAAGCUGUACAUCUCUC